AUGCAUCAUGAUGGUGGUUUCAACCGCUUUCUACUUAUUUGUAGUUCGUUGGCCAGUAACCGAACACCGACAACAGCAACGACAUCACCCAUAGCAACAGGAUCACCCAUGAAAGUGACACCACACAUGUCAGAGGUCGAACGCAACAUACUAAUGGCGCUUGUCAACCAGUAUCGUGAUGCUAUUGAAAGCAGGAGGAAUGACAGCACAGCGGUACAGCGGAAAGCAAUUGCUUGGGCGUACGUUGAAAAAGAAUACAAUACCCAACCGAUGGUUAGAAAUCAACGUACAAAGAAACAGCUCCGAAAAGCGUAUGAAAAUUUAAAGAUGCGCUCAAAGAAAGACAUAAUGAAGAAACAAAAGCUGGUAAAACCUGAACAAGAGCGAAGACCAAUGCCAAUCUCGGCAGGUUCCAGUAUGCCAGUGGGGAUGACUGAAUCAGAGAUACCUGCAGAGAUAAGAACACUGCUUAAUCCUUAUGAUGCAGAUGAUAACACUUAUCAUGGUGAAACAUCCACCAGCAAUCAUGAUG